UAAUUUGGCGAAAAUUGAAUUUCGUAAGAUCUGAAAGGGUGUAAGAUCGAAUUAUGAGAGUUGAAAUAGAAAUUUAUUCCAAAAGCACUGCUUACUGAAGUUCCCACUUCCCAUGAUCCCGCGCUUAUUCGAAGAUGGAAACCAAACCACUACAGAGUCUCUGACAUCAGAAAAAAUGGAACCGAUCAUCCUCUCCGACGAAGACGACCCCACAACACCAUUCCCCGUUCAUUCUAAGAAACGCAGAACCUCACAACCCGAUCCACACCCUACCGUUUUCCUCAUCGACGAUGACCCCACUCCACAGAAGCAACAUCAUCUUCCUUCUUCUACACCUUCUCUCGUUGUUCCCGAGACUCCGUUCUCUCCUUUAUUUGAUUCCGAAAUUGCAAUUGUUAAAUGUACUUCCGCUCCUACAAAUGCAUCAGGAAUUAGUCAAAUGAUAUGUUUGGAAUCAGAUGAUGAACCUGAAAAUUCUGGAAUGGGAAAUUGGAAUGAGAAUGAGGAUGAAGCGAGGGGGUUAUUGUCUUCAUAUGAACCAAUUGUUGGAAAUUCGACAAGGACUUUUGAUUCGAUUGGGGCUGGAAGUUCUCAUGAGAGAUUUGUUUCGUGUGGAAAUGUUACUCAAGCUGAAAUGUCCGAGGACAAUCCUUCAAAUCCAACCUCCUCACAAGCGGAAGAGGAUCCUAAUGAGAGAAAUAUGAGCCUGGAGCAGGAAGAGAAUCCUAAUGAGAAAAACAUGAGCCAGGAGCAGAAAGAGAAUGUUGACAACAUGAAAAGUUCUAAAGUCUCCGCAAAGAGGGCAAACAAGGCAACUGGAAAAACAAAGAUGGCAAAAGAAGAAAGAAGUCGUUUGAUGGAAGAAAAGAAACUACUGAAGGAACAAGAGAAGUUAAAAAAAGAAGCUAUGAAGGCUGAAGCUGCAGAACUGAAAAAAAUUGAGAAAGAAAAGCAAAAGUGGGAAAAAGGGAAGUUUGCAAUGAAAUAUAUUGUUGCAGAAAUAGAUGCAAAGGUAGUUGAAUCAGGGUCAAUCGGAGGCCAUUUGCUUACUAGGUUUGCUGAAAAAGGGCUUACUUACCAUAUUACAUCAAAUCCUAUCUCAGGAUCAAUUUUAUGGUCUAUGAAAGUUCCUGAACAAAUUUCACAGCUUUCCACUGAACGAGUUGAGAUUCCAUAUGUCUUGCUAGUUUAUGAGGCCGACAAGUUUUGUAACCUCACCGUGAAUGACUCUAUUUUUGAUCAGCUCAACAGCAUUCGAAGUCAUUAUCCAGCUUAUACUGUUUGUUACCUCACAAACAGGUUAUUUUCUUACAUUAAUAAAAGGGAGCAGGAAAAAUACAAGAACCCUGAAAACAAUAGUUGUUGGAGACGUCCACCUGUUGAGGAGGUGCUUGCAAAACUAACGACUAAUUUCACCAAAAUACAUUCCAGGCAGUGUGUAGAUGAGGCUGAACUGGCUGAACAUGUUGCUGGUUUGACAUGCAGUCUGGCGUCUUGUCAGUUUAGAAAGAAAUUAACCCGGUUAUCUGUAAAUGCAAAUGGAUCUCUCGUUUCAAAGGAUAGUGUUGACCGGAAUUUAAUAAAGAAAUCCACGUGGUUAAAAGCUUUGGUUGCCAUCCCAAAGGUACAACCACGAUUCGCAAUUGCUAUUUGGAAAAAAUACCCAACCAUGAAGUCUCUGUUAAGUGUUUAUAUGGAUCCAACUAAAUCGGAGCACGAGAAGGAAUUUUUACUUAAAGACUUGAUGACAGAAGGUUUGCUUGGUGGUGACAGAAGGUUAGGUGAGGUUUGCUCAAAGCGAGUGUUUAGAAUUCUAAUGGCUCAAAAUGGAUCCAUCAGAACAGAUGAUGUCGAGAAUGGUGCUGAUUUCUUUGAGCGUUAAUCAAUCAUAAAGAACUUUGUCAAUAUAUAUUUAUUUCGUGUUUAAGAAAGUAUUUCAACGUGUGGGCUAUCAUUUCUAAAUUGCAUCUCAUUUGAACGUAUAGAAAUGAAUCAUGAUGGUUGUGUACAAUCAUGGACUUGGCAGGAGGUCCCGUGGACUUUUGACUUUCAGCUAACUUCCAUACGAUCAUAUGUCAUAUAUAUCUGAGGGGAGAUCCUCUGCACUUCA